AUGGCUGCUCCCAUGGCGACUUCCAUGGCCGACCCUGAGUCGGUCAGGGACGAGAAGGGUAUCUCUGAUCAUAAAGAGGACCUCAUGUCGGACGUGGCGCGUGAAGCGGCCGAGCGCGGACAUCUCGCGACUGAUCAAUAUGGACAUCCCAUCGUCGAGUUUGACAAGGUCGCCGAAUCCAAACUCCGGUGGAAGAUUGACCUGUAUGUUGUGCCGACGGUGGCUCUGAUGUAUCUCUUCUGCUUCAUCGACCGGGCAAAUAUUGGUAAUGCCAAGCUGGCUGGCUUCACCAAGGACCUCGGAUUAAAGGGCUAUGAUUACAAUGCCGUUCUAUCCAUCUUCUUUGUCGCAUAUAUCAUUUUCGAGAUUCCGAGUAAUAUCGCUUGCAAGUGGAUCGGACCGGGUUGGUUCCUGCCUGCAAUUACCCUGGGAUUCGGUAUCUGUUCCGUUGCAACCGCCUUCGUACAUGACAUCCACGGUGCCUCCGGUGUCCGAUUCUUGCUCGGCAUGUUCGAGGCUGGUCUGCUACCCGGUAUCGCCUACUACCUGAGCCGAUGGUACCGACGCAGUGAACUCGCUUUCCGUCUAUCCUUGUACAUUGUCAUGGCGCCACUAGCCGGAGCUUUCGGUGGUCUUCUCGCAUCCGGUAUCCUCACGCUGGAUCACUUUGGUGGUCUUCGUAGCUGGCGAAUGCUAUUUGCCAUUGAAGGCAUUAUUACCAUCGGAAUCGCGCUCAUCGCAUUUGUGACGAUGACCGACCGCCCCGAGACUGCGCGCUGGUUGUCGCAGGAGGAAAAGGAUUUGGCUAUUGCGCGAGUCAAGUCCGAGCGUAUUGGAACCACCGAGGUCCUCGACAAGCUGGACUUGCCCAAGACCCUGAGAGGCAUCUUCAGCCCCGUCACUCUGACCAGUGCUUUUGUCUUUCUGCUGAACAACAUCACGGUCCAGGGAUUGGGAUUUUUCGCGCCGACAAUUGUCCAGACGAUCUACCCCCAUGCGACCGUGGUGUCUCAGCAGCUUCACACGGUUCCUCCCUACGUGGUUGGCGCGUUCUUCACCGUAUUGUUUCCCUUCCUCAGCUGGCGAUUUGACCAUCGCCUGAUCUUCUUCAUUAUCAGCCCCCCGCUGAUGAUGGCUGGAUACAUCAUGUUCUUGGCCAGUGAGGAUCCCAUGGUCCGGUAUGGCGCUACUUUCAUCAUUGCCAGCGGCGCGUUCGCCUUUGGUGCUCUCUGCAACGCCCAUGUUUCCGCGAAUGUGGUUUCCGACACGGCUCGAUCGUCCGCGAUCGGAACCACAGUCAUGUUUGGCAACAUCGGUGGGUUGAUCUCCACCUGGUCAUUCCUGCCGUCUGAUGCGCCCAACUAUCACAUUGGCAAUGGGUUGAAUCUUGCGACGUCCUCCAUGACACUUUUGCUUGGUGCGUCCCUGUGGAUGUGGAUGUCCUGGGAUAACCGGCGACGCAGCCGCGUCGACGUCAAUGCUGCAUUGGCGGGACUUUCCCAGAAGCAGAUUCAGGAUAUGGAUUGGCGCAAUCCUGCCUUCCGCUGGCGGCCUUGA